AUGUUUGACGUCUGUAAAGCAGAGAAUACCUCCGGGUUGAAGGUGGUGGUGCGUGAGAAGAUCCUCAGCAUUGUCUUUCGCAGCGUGAAGAAGGAAGGAGAAUGGAAGGUGCUGACCAUGGACCAUCCCAGCACGCACAUCCUCUCGUCGUGCUGCAAGAUGUCUGACAUCAUGGAAGAAAGCAUCACGUUUGUGAAAGAUAUUGAUAAGUGCUGGGAGCCAAACCCCAGCCUGGAGGCCAUCUACCUGCUCAACCCUGUGGAGAAGACUCUGAUCAGUGACUUCCAGGGCACCCCCACCAACUACAAGGCGGCUCACGUCUUCUUCAUCAGCCGUGAGUAUCAGGGGGCAGUGGAUCCCCCAGCUGGGAGCCUGGCCAGCGACACACUGGGAGUGGGGGGGGUCUCUCUCUGCCAGCAGGCCAGUGCCCCAGCAGACCAGACCGAAUCCUCUCCUGAGCCUCUGUUCAAGGAGCUGAGGAAGUCACGGAUCACCAAGACCAUCAAAACCCUCAAGGGGAUCAACAUGGCCUCCCUGCCCUACGAGAGCCAGGUGAGGGGUGGCUGGGAUUUGGAGGAGCAGGGCCGUGGGGUGAAUGUGGGUGACGGGUCUCUCUCUCCUGUGCUCCAGGGCCCUGACAAAGUUCACUCUCAGCUGCUGAUUGUGGACCAAAGCUUCGACCUGGUGUCCCCACUGCUGCACAAGCUCACCUACCAGGCCAUGGCCUACGACCUGCUCAGCAUUGAGAUCAACACCUACAAGUACGAGACAACAGGGACCAGCGACUCGCGGGAGAAGGAGGCGCUGCUGGAUGAAGAUGACAAACUCUGGGUGCAGCUACGCCACAUGCACAUCGCUGACGUCUCCAUGAAGGUGACGGAGCUGCUGCACACCUUCUCUGAGAGCAAGAAGCUGACCACGGACAAGGCCACCAUCGAGGACCUGUCCCAGGUGGUGAAGAACUUGCCCCAGUACCUGGAAGAGCUGAACACGUACUCCACACACCUGAACCUGGCUGAGCACUGCAUGCGGGACUUCAAAGGAUUGGUGGAGAAGCUGUGCAGAGUGGAGCAGGACCUGGCCAUGGGGACUGACAUGGAUGGGAAGAAGAUCAAGGACUCCAUGAAGAUCAUCAUACCCAUCCUGCUGGACCCCAGCGGGCAGGCCUAUGACAAGCUCCGCAUCAUCCUGCUCUACAUCUUGAAGAACGGUGUGAGCGAGGAGACCCUCUGCAAGAUGAUCCAGGAUGCCAGCAUCCAGCAGCAGGGCAACAUCAUCCACAAUACGCAGCUCCUGAGCACCUCCUUCAUGCCUGGGCCAUCCCAGCCCCUCCUCCCAAUGGGGCCUGGCUUGGCCACCAGGUCCAAGGUUCCUGCUGCUUGGCCCCUGCUGACCUGUCCUCCCCCCCCCCGCCUUAUCCCCCAGGAUAUCAUUGAGGACAGACUGGACAGGGAGUUGUGGCCCUUCGUGUCAGACCCGGUCCCUUCCACCAGCUCCCAAGCUGCUGUCAGCGCCCGCUUUGAGCAUUGGCACAAGAACAAGCCAGCGGCUGAGUACCCGACGGGCCCAUGCCUCAUCAUCUACAUGCUGGGUGGGGUGUCCAUGUCUGAGAUGCGCUGCGCCUACUAAGUGACCCAGGCCAGCGAGGGCAAGUGGGAGGUGGUGAUCGGUUCCAGUCACAUCCUGACCCUCAAGCGCUUCCUGAAUGACGUCCAAACCCUCAACCAGCUGGUCCCCAAGGAGGCCUAG